UGGGGCCUCAAGAUAAUAAGUCGUGGCCACGAGAUAAAAUAAAACUGCAAAUGUCACCUCUAUGCCAAUAUAUUAAGUCGUGGCCACGAGAUGAUAAGUCGUGGCCACAAGAUAAUAACUCGUGGCCACGAGAUAAUAUCUUGAGGCCACAAGAUAAUAAGUUGUGGCCACGAGAUAAAAUAAAACUGCAAAUGUCACCUCUAUGCCACCGUACAUGCUUAUCUGAGUAAGAUAUUCAUAGAAAUAAACUGUUUUAAUUUAGAUCCAUUAUGAGGCAAAGAACCCCACCCACACCCUGACAGAAGAGGCUCCAUGCCUUGACACCCAGGAGCAGACUACAGUGUUUGAUAUCAGUGGGCCUCUAACAGCAACACCAUUACAACUGCCAGAUGAUUGUGUAAAUUUGGAAACUUGGGCAACAGUCGCAAGCAAUGCCCAGACAUUCCAAGUGCCCCAAGUGUACCAUGUUCAGUGCCAGACACCAGCUUUGUGGACUGCUGACAAAGUAAGAGCACCACAGGUUUCUUGUGGAACACAGACAGAAUGGGAGCAAGAUCUUCAAAAUGACUUGAAGAUACCCACACCAACUACUAGUGUGUGCGAGGACAGCUUCCUCUCUGGUUUGAAUCAUUCGCGAGAAGAUGAAAGUUUGGAUGUAACAUGGGAGCCAUCACAUGAUGAUGAUGGAGACAGUGAUGAUUGUGAACAAAUGGAGAGGGAAGGAAGUCAGAGCCAGGUGGCUAGCCGAAAAUUUAUUGUUUCAGAGACAUGUUUAAAUAAAUUGUUAAGUAAGUGCUCAACAUGUAACAAGCCUGUUGUUGUAGAUAAAAUAGUGAAAGGCUGCCUUCUUGUAUGCACUAAGACAUGCAGUUACUGCAAUGAGACAGACACAUGGGAAAGUCAGCCAACAUUUGGUGGGUUGGCUGAAGGACACUUAGACCUCUCAGCAGCCAUCAUGUUUUCGGGCAGUACAACUGCCAAGUUCCUCAGAGCUUUAAGGUUUGCUGGGAUUUCAUGCUUCAAUGAUAGCACGUUUUAUAACAUUCAGAAGCAUUAUUUAUCUCCAUCAAUUGAGCAUGUCUGGAAAACACACCAAAACAAACUUAUCAACGACAUCCGUGGUAGAGGUUCUCCACUUAUUCUUGGAGGGGAUGGACGGUGUUGCUCGCCAGGACACACAGCAAAGUAUGGCACAUACAGUGUGAUGGAUCUGGACUCCGGGAAGAUUCUAGACAUACAAUUAGUACAGAGUAAUGAGGUAAAAAAUUCACAUGCAAUGGAGCUGGAAGGACUCCAGAGAUCUUUGUCAUUCCUGCUUGACGAUUGCAAGCUUUUAAUUUCUCACCUUGUGACAGAC